ACCAACCCCGGGCUCCCCUACUUGCCUCAACGCUAAAACUUGCGUAGGAUUCAUGUUAAUUCAGUGACCGGAAAAGGCUCCUGUUGACGCUGUGCGUGCUCGCGUGCGUGCUUGCACAACGUAGGCAGAAUUGAGGGGGUGAUGGCAUGACAUGAGCUGGAGCAGACAUCCACAGCAGGCUUCGCUCUGCUGGUAGAACCAAUAGCUGAUACCACCCUCCCGAGACCGGUUCUGAUCCAGGAUGGAUAGUGGACGCACUGCGGGCUCGGAGGAUUGGGUUCGACUGGCGUGACGUCUCACUUCCGCGAACAGGGAUCUCCUUGGAAACGGAUGCUGGCAGCCCCCCCUCCCUCCCUUCUCCUCGGUUGGUGCUGAGCUUGCUGCCCGCUCUACCACAGGAGCCGCUGGGCCGCUUCCAUUGAGCGGAUGUUUCCCGGCAGGAUGGCUCUGAGCCCCCCCAGCCUGCUGAGUGGGCCCCCGGAGGAGCUGCAGGAGCUCGCCUUCAUCGAGCGGCCGAUCCGCAGGAGCCUCAAGACUGCUGAGGAGAUUGAUCAGCUGACGGUGGAUGAAGGCCUGAAUGAAGUUGAAAGAGCCGUGUACCUGCUCAGCCAGGGCCAGGAGAUGCAGAGAGCCUGUGUCAUCAGUAACUUACCCAGUCUGGUUCGCCAGAACCCUGCUGAGACCUUCCGCCGGGUUGUACCAAAAGUUAGGGAGGUCCUAAAUGGAGCCGGUGUUGAAAUCCAGCUGGCGGCAGCAGCUUCGUUUUUAACCAUCUUGCAGGAUGACAUCAUUCUGAUCCACACUCACACCUAUUCUAUUCUAAAGACUGUCCUGCAGCAACUGAACCACAGAGACACAGUGGUGAGCUGUGCCUGGUUGGAGACCCUGCUGUCAGCCAUAAAUGCUCUGCCCAAGGAGACCAUCAAACAAGAGGUGUUGAACUCUCUUGUCUAUCAGACCCAGAUGUCUCAUUCCCUUCAGGGUCGUUUGGCUGCUUGCCGUAUUUUAGGAAAAGUUGCUUCGAAGUUUAAUUGUCACAUGGUGAUAAAGGAGCUGUUGCCGCUGGCUCGUUCUUUGCUUCAGGAUGUGGAACCUGAGGUCCGUGCCUGCAUGUGCAAUCACCUGGAGAGCAUUGCCAGAGCCAUCGGUGAAGAAAACAUCAGGACAGAACUUUUACCAGAACUUGUUGAGCUUGCCGGAGACGAGGAGAACAGUGUCCAACUGGCAACCUUCGACACAAUCAUCAACCUGAUGGAGAUGAUAGACGGCAAGGACCUGCUUCGUGUCAUGGUUCCUAUGGUGAUGGUGGUAUGCAAUUCCGCAGCACAGGUGGAUGAAGCAGUUUUGGUGUCCUUGUCAUUCCAGUUUGGGAAGCUUUGCAAUGGACUGGCUGUGUAUCUGUCAGAAGAGCAGAAGAGUCAACUUCUGCAGAAGUUUAAGCUCCUGUGUGUGGUAGGACUGCAGGACGAUAGACAGCAGCCAGACAGCAGCGAGUCAGUUUUGAUCCGGUGUAACUGCUGCUACAAUCUACCGGCCAUGGUGGUGUUUGUGGACCCAGCUCACUUCGCUUCUGAGCUCUACUCCUCUUUCUCCAGUCUCUGCACUGACCCAGAGGUCAGCGUCAGGCGAAGUGCUGCUGCCAGUUUUCACCAGGUGCUGAAGCUGAUCAGUCCAAACAGCCACCUGGUGCACAAAGAGUUUCUUCUGCUGCUGCAAGACGACUCCCUGGAGGUUCUGGACGCUCUGAUGAACCACCUGGAGGAAACUCUCGAGCUGCUUGUGUUGGGAGAAGACUCCCUGAUGCUGCCAGAGCUGCUGUCAGUGCUGCUGUUGGCUGAGCAGAAAGUUGGAAGUUCUCUGCGUUGGCGGCUGCAUGAGAAGUUGCUGCAGCAGUACAGCUGCUUGGCGAGGCUGCUUUCUGGGGAGCUGCUACAUCAGAGCUUUUCCCAUCGCAUCUUCAGCCUCCUCAUCACCAACAAAGUCCUUCCAGUGCAGAAGGAGGCUGCACGAACACUUUGCACCAUCAUGCGUUACAACCGCAAGCAGGAACAACGGCAGGAGAUGAUGGAACAUUUGAUCCAAGAUUUGGCUUUGGGUCGAAGCUAUUGGAACCGUCUUCGGUUCCUUGAUGUCUGUGAAAUUGCCACAGAGAUUUUCUCCAAAAAAUACUUCAAUAAACAUUUCCUGGUUCCAGCGCUGGAGCUCGUCCAUGACCCCAUUGCUAAUGUGAGAUACAAGCUCUGCCAGCUGUUGCCCAGGUUGCGCUCAUCUCUCCGCCUGCCGGCUGACAAACUUCUGCUGCAGAAAUUGGACUUCUGCGUUCAGAAACUUUUGUGCAGAGAAAAAGACAAAGAUGUGGUGGCCACAAUCCGGAAGACAGUGCUGGAACUGAACAAACUGGACCUGUCAGAACCUUUUCACAAGAGGCAGGAGGUGGACCUGCUGGACCUGAAGAAGAAGACGGAAGAGACUGUGCUGCUCGAAAUGGAACAGCUGGAACAGGACGGCGAUGGUAAAGUGACCUCUGAGAAGCACACAGAGAGAAAGCGAAGAGACAGCAAGACCAGCCUGACUUUCACCAAAUCUAUGUCCAUGUCCUCCACAGUAGCAUCACCACCCUCUGGUAAAGAAAGGAGGAAGCCCAAACUGUCUCGCAGUCGUUCCCUCAGCAGUCAGCCGUCAACAAGCAAACCUGUGAAUUCAGAGAGACCACUGAAGGUCAAAGAUCUGAGUGGCUCCUUUCGACUUGGGAAGUCCUCCGGGUCGGCUAGCAAAGAUGUGUCUCUGAGAACAAGUCACUUCACCAUGACAACCCAGACCACCCCCUUCAUGCCAAUUCUGAUACGAAGUGACAAAAGCCUAACAAGCGUACUGGAUAGACCCAAUGCCACCUUGGACCACAGAACUACCGGCAUGGACUCCAAGAAAAGUGUGAUGGAGCACAGCAAUAGUGGUUUUUAUUCCAAAGACCACAGAACCAGUACUUUGGACCAUAGAGAGCAUAGAAGUAGCACUUUGGAGCAGCGCAGUAAAACGAUGGAGCGCAGCUGCGGGCCGAAGGACAGUCGGUCCAGAAAACUGUUAACGAAGUCGGGCUCCUUCAGCGUCCAGUCAGGACAGGACUAACGAAGGCGGGGUCACCAUCGCUGCUUCACUACAUCUGACAGAAGCUAAAGAAAAUUACCCAAAAUGCAACACGUCAACAAAAGACACGGCAGACCUUUGUGAUCUUUCCCCCACUGACUCUUGAUUGCAGGAGAGCGUAACCCCCCCAUGUUGUGUAUUUUUGCCAUAAAUCCUAACAAUAAUCUUCCUGUAUACAUGUGUAAAGAAAAGCUCCAUAUUUUUCCAAAUAUUUCAGACGUGGACAGCAUAAGGCAGACGAUCUGUGUCGGAAAUGAAGUCUGAAUAAAUACUCAUGAAGUCAUUCAUGCAUGUCAGCGGAAGACCUUCCUUUUUCAGGACAUCUGAAGCAGACGGCCUUCUCCUGAGGCACCAAACCAACAGACCAAACCAGCAGCUGAUCGGUGUGCCCUCUUUGAUGACCUCACACUGGUCCAGUUCUUCAUCAGGCACAGAAACAGUGUUUGAAAAGCUUUAUCAUUAAACCCUUCAGCCUGAA